AUGUCCCUCACUGGCUCUACCUUCAAGGCCCCUAUCAGCAUGACCCUCCUGCUCCAAGCCAUCUGCCUCCAGCUUGCCAAUGAGGAUGCAUCCUUAAGGAUGUCACCACCAAUUCCCAAAAGACUGUGCCCCCACGCAGAUAUUGGUGAGACAAGGACAGCCCCAUCAUCUAGGCAGCAUGACCAGCCUCGUAACCUAGAGAGUGUUUGUGAAGGUUCAGUGCUUAGCCAUAGCCUGUCCAAACGUGGGGAUAGGAUCGUUCAAUUUUACAAAUUAAACUUCGAGGAGUAUGAGGCCUUCCAAAGCGAUGAGUAUGACCAGGACUCCAACGCCUCGGGCUAUGUGAACCUUGCCAUGAGUGAGAACAAGCUGUGCAUUGAUCUGGUGGCUGAAAGGUUGAAUCAGAGUGACAUGAACUAUGUAGAGGAUAUAAAGGAGCAGUAUCCCAACCCAAGGGGACAUCGCUUUGGUUUCUUCUAUGGCAUUGGGCUGUGUGCUUAUAUCCAUCUGAUGCCCAUCUACGUGGAGAGUGAGAUCACUGAUGCAGACACCCGACCUUUCCAGCUCACAGUGGGCAAACUGGAGCAAGCCCUACUUGAAGCGAAGACUCAGAAUAAGAAGGUCAAAGGACUCUUGCUGUCCAACCCUUGGAAGGCUACGGGGGAUGUCUACUCACAGGAGUCCCUGAGGGACUACCUGGAAUUUGCCAAAAGAAAUGACCUGUUUGUGGUCAUAGAAGAAAUGUAUAUGCUGUCUGUAUUUGAUGACCCUGUCAAGAUCCACAGUGUUCUGAGCAUGGAAAGCUUUCCUGCCCCGCAAAAGACCUUUGUGAUCUGGAACAUCAGUAAGGAUUUUGGCUUGGGCUUUGGUGCUCUGUAUACCCCCAACGAAGAUGUAGCCCUUGCAGUACUGUCUCUUAGCUCCAUCCACAGCAUCUCCGGCAUCACCCAGUACCACCUGUGCCGCUUGCUCUGGGACAGAGACUGGAUUGAUAACACAUACCUGCCCACCAUUCGCUCAAGGCUUGCAACAGCUCACGCAUAUGUCAUGAAGAAGCUGCACGAGUUGGAAGAGCAGCACAACCGCAAGAUCAUCUUCCAUAAUUGCAGCUCUGGCCUUUACACCUGGAUCAACUUGAAAAAUUUCCUGGAACCGUGUACAUUUGAAGAAGAGCUGCUCCUCUACCGCCGCUUCCUGGACCACAAGGUGAUCUUGUCCCGAGGCCAAUCCUACGUGCUUAAGGAGCCUGGCUGGUUCCGCCUCUCCUUUGCAGAGAAUCCAGACAAACUAAUGCUGGAUUUUCAGAAUGUGGCAAUGGAGGUGCUGGACUCCAAGAAAGCUAUCUGUGGAGCCGUGCUCUGCCGUGUGCGCAACACUUGA